CUAGUCCUUCUAAUACAGUGUUUGCUUAUACUACUACUACUACAAAAAAUGCCGCUGCACAGUAUGAAAGCAGGAGAUGGAGGCGGUCACAACGGAGGUAACAAUAAUGGAGGAGGAAGUUGGGGAUUUGGAGGUCAAGGUGGUUUCGGUGGAUUUGGCGGCUUUGGUGGUUUUGGUGGUUUUGGUGGUGGAAAAGGAAAAGGCUUCCAACAAGGAUGGGGUGAUGGACCAAAACGAGUUGGAUACACGAAUGGCGAUAAAGAAAAAUCUGCUGCGGCCUUCAAUGCACAACUAGAACCGUUUCCGAUGUUGACGGGAGAACAGACGAAACGAGUGCAGUACUACUUGCCGCAACCCCUUAAGGACACUCUCUUUAGCCUGGAAGAAGGUCCGCAAGAAGUCUUGAAGUACUCUAUUGUGCCCGUUCCUCGUAUGUGGGCGCAAGACUUCGCGAGAUAUGGCGUGAUGUUUGAUGAAGCUGAUGAUGAAAAGAAAGUGGGGAUCAUCAUUGAGAUUAACAAGAUCUUCAUGAAGGCCAAAUGCAAGACACCCAAGAACAGCUGGAUGGAUAGCAUUGACUGGGAGGAGGCUCAGAAGGACCACCAGAAGAUCGCGAAGGAGGUAGCGGACUAUGAGGCAGAAGAAGAAGGUGACGACGAAGAGUAGGAGGAGAAGGAAAAGAAGACGAAAAGCCGAGCUCUGGAGGCAAAGCGCUUGGAGAAAGAAGAGGCGGAACUUCAACUAGCACUAGAUGUGAGUCUGGCAAAACAGUCUUCGGUGAGAAUGGAGAAAGCUAAGAUCGAAGCUGAAGCCCUGAGAAUCGAAGAGGAAAAUGAGAAGCGCAAGAUAAAAAUGGCUCAACUAGAACAGGAAGCUAAGAGGAUGAGGAAUAGAAAGGAGACGAUGAACUGUGCUCAAGCUCACGAGGUCAACUUUGCAGCACAGGGCGUGGUUACGCCUGGUGAUCAAAACUACAACCACAACAACAACAACGAACCUGCUAGCACAUCUCGAUACAACUUAAGUAACCGCCCAGUGCACAUUGACGGAGGAGAGGAAGGAUAUAACAACGAGGAGAAAGGUCAGAAGAAAGGCCGCAGCCGUGGUGGGAAGAGCAACAACUACGAGGAAAAGGAGCAUCAACGACUAAGACGACG